GAGUACUGCCGAGUGUCAUUUUUUUUUUGACUUUUGUGGUGGUAACGAUAACGAUAUAAUGGCGGAUGGCGAAAAUGUGAUUUUUCUAUAAUUUUCGCGUAAAUUGCCGUAAUUUUGGACUCAAAACGGUCUCGGGCAAACUGUUGACGAAUCCAAAGUGAAACCGGGCCGUUCGUAACCAUGUCGCGGGUGGGUGCAAAAUAGAUCCCUUCUGAGAAUUAAAAUAAAGUGCAGGAUUUAUUUUUGUUGUCCUAAUUGGGCAUUUUGGACAUGGCCCCAUUGCCCGAUAAUGAUAAAACCCCCGAUAAAAAAAAGGAGGAGGACGAUGUUGAAGAUAAGCCCAAGGAAUCCCAGAAGGAUGAAAAAACACUAUCAAAUCUUAAUGACCGAGAACUGAAAGCUUUGCUGGACGAAGCCAUAAACUACAAGAAUCCCAAAGACAGAGAAGGAAAAAGUGAACUUUUUAAUGAUCUCCUUCUUGAGGCCGAAGAAACAGAGCGAAUUGCACGUGCUACCUCAGCAGGUGGUUCUGAGCUGGUCCGACAUUGUAAUCCUGCGGCGCGCAGGCAGCGUCACGGGGGUGGCCCCAGGGGCCGCCGAUAUGGAGGACCCAGCAGUUCGGGGAUGAUGGGAAGGAGUGUCAGUGAAAGAGGUACUCAUGGAGGUUCACUGGAUAAUCUAGCCAAAGAAGAGUUGUACGAUCCCACUUGUAGACGUUUGAGGGGCGUUCGUAAGUCCAGUACUAGUUCUAGUGGGGCUUCGUCAAGCUAUGGUGGUAACCCAGUGAGAGUGAGCGCCAGGCAAAGGGAAGGAGACAAACAUCCCAUAUGGCAGCAUUUUUAUUGCCAAUCAAAAGAAAAAAAUACUGGUAAAUGGGCAAAAUGCAAAACCUGUGGAGCUGAAAUGCAGGGUAUACCACAGAGAUUAAUUAAACAUAAUAUGACAUGUAAUAACGACGAAUCACAAGCACAAGAGAUAAUGGAUAUCACUGAAGAAAAUGAUGCUGCUCCAGCUCAACCUGCUCAAGGUACAGAGGGGCCCACAAAUUUAACACGUAAAGAGCCAACCCAGAAACCAAAAAGAAAAAGAGUCUCUGAGUCUGUGGAAAAUCUGCAGACCUCGAUUGAUAGACCAGGUACGUCAUCGUCAUCCGAUGUCGACUUGCCAUUGCCACUAAUGCCACUUAAUAAAAAAUACAAACCAUCAUCUAGCAAGCUAAAUAUUAUUAAAGACAACGCAGUAAUAGCAACAUCUCCGCAGUAUUUAAAAGAAAUUCAUUAAAAAAUAGCAACAUAUUUUUACGCCACAAAUACCCCUUUUUCCCAUGCGGACAGUUCUCAUUUCCACAAAAUGUGUAAUACUCUAAGACCUGGAUGUAAGCCUCCUACAAGUCGAAAAAUAGCUGGCGAGUUAUUGGAUCAAGUACAUCAGACCAUAAUGGAGGAAACCAAAGAAAUUCUAAAAGGUACGAAUUUGUCAAUGUCCUUAGAUGGGUGGUCGAAUGUUCAUAAUGAACCAAUUAUUUGCUGCUCCGUUAUGACAGCGUAUGGAGAUUCUUUCUUAAUAAAAACUGUUGACACAUCUGGCCACCCACAUACUGCUGACUAUUUGAAAGAUAUAGCUAUUGAGGCAAUAACUGAAACUGAAAAGUUAUUUGAUGCUAAGGUGACAAGUUUAGUCACUGAUAAUGCAGCAAAUGUAUCAAAAAUGAGAAGAUUGCUAGAGAUCGUCCCAGGAAUGAAUAUUAUUCAGUAUGGAUGUUCGGCUCAUAUUCUACAUUUGCUAGCUUGCGAUAUACAGAUUCCAGGACUAAUGCAGCAUAUAAUUAAGGUUAUAAAAUAUUUUAGAAAUACACAUCUUCCAGCAGCCUGGUAUAAGGCAGCCAACGGAAAAAGGUUAGUUAUUCCACAAGAAGUACGUUGGAACACUGCAACUGAUGCAAUAGAAUGCUACCUGGAAAACCGGGGUAUAUUAGUUCAGGUCUGUCAAGACAACAAAGAAUCAGUUGACAGUAAUAUUUCUAGAAUUGUCAAUGACAUAAACAUCACAAACAACGCAAGAGAUUUCUUGCUUCGAAUGAAACCUAUUGCAGUUGCACUGGAUAGAAUGCAACGAGAUGGUUCGACAAUAGCAGUGGCAGUUGAAAUAUGGAGGAAGUUAGGUGGGGAUCUUAAGGGGCAGCCUGAAAAUGUUUUAAAAGAGUUUAAGAAGCGAAAGGAAAUGGCUUUGACUCCAGCACAUUAUUUAGCAAAUUUAUUGGAUCACAGAUUUCGAGGACAUCAAAUAAGUAAUGCAGAAAAACAAUUAGCAUUUGAAUAUUUACAGAACAUCAAUGACGCGUUUAUUCCUAUAGUAAUGGCACUAACUACGUGCUCAAAGCCUUUCCCUUCCUAUAUGUUUGGAAAUAAUUUUAAAACUACACCUCCAAUGACAUGGUGGAAGGCUGUAAGUUUGAUUGAGCCAGAAAAGUACUUUGACUGGGCCAAGCUCCAAAAAGGAUUUCUGGAUAUGUGCAGCAAGCAUUUGAUAGCAGUUUCAGCCUCAGCAGGCCUUGAACGAAUUUUUUCGACUUUUGGAUUUGUUCAUAGCAAACUAAGGAAUAAGCUGGGGAAUGAAAAAGCUGGCAAACUAACAUUUUUGUUUAGGCACUUUAACCAGAAUACGAAAGAUAAAGCUGUCAAUCUGGAUUUUGUCUGGGAAGCAGAGACAGAGACAACAAAAGCAUCUGGAUCUUAUGCAACCCCUAGUAUUGUAUCUGCUGAUAUAGAUUCUGGAGCAGAAGAUGAUGUGCCACUGGCGGCACUGGCUACAUUAUUACAUUAACAUUAAUAAUAUUAAUGGGUAUUAAUUUAAAGUUCUGAGUUCUGGUAUUUUUAGUUUAGAAGAAAUGUUUUUGUUUCCUAAGUUCUUGUAUUUUUGAAAAAACGUUGUUGUUUUGCUUCAUUAAAAUGUAUUUUUAUUUUUGAUAUUAUAUUAAAGCAUUAAUUUUGAAACUGAAUGUUUUUUUUUUUUUUUAAAAUCUGAAAAUAUCAAAAAUAUCCAUUUUCUUGAUAUAUAUCCGAUUUAUAUCAAUAAUAUCCGAUAUUUUGAUAUUUUCAAUAAAUAUCAUGAUAUUUACGAACCCUGUUAACA